CAUCGAUCUAGUCCCGAUCUAACCACCGUGCAACCCACUAGGCUAUUCCAAGUAUAAUAUUUAAAAAUGUUCUAUAGAAAAUAAAAAUGAUUUUAUUUAAUUUGCGAAGAAAAUGGUGCGAGAGUGUGUGUCUGUGAUCUGUUAGUUUAUUAAUUUUUCGUUUUCCUUUUUCUUACCACGUGAUCUUGUCUGAACUGCCGAGGAUGAAUGGAAAUUGCACCCCGGAAACUCCACUCGAGGAGUCGCAGACCAAGCCCUUGGUGGUGUCUAGUCACGACCGCUACACUGUUGGCGAAACCACCGGUGGGCUCAGCGUUCUGUUUACUAUCCUCUGCAUAGUAGAUCUCUUCGGAGUGUUUCCUGUCAUAGCACUACCUAAAAGCGUGAUAAGUUGCGGAAUAUACGGCAUCCCCCUAGUCCUGUCAGUGGUUGGCCUGCAGCUAUACACCGCUGCCCUGCUGGGGAGGUGCUGGCUAUUGGCCAAAGAAAUCACUCCUAUUAUCAGCGAAAAGAACAGGAGUCCAUACGCAGCUGUGGCACAACUAGCGUUCGGAGAUCCGGCCAGGAGGCUGGUGAUCUUUCUGAUCGACGCCACCGUCUUCGGCUCUGGCGUUCCAAACUUCAUCUUAGCCGCCCAGAGCCUGCAGAUAUUCUGGUGGAAGAUCUCCGGUGGUAACGUUGGCGUAACAUAUUGCAUUUGGAUGUUAGUUUUAGCCUUACUGCUCUGUCCCAUAAUGUGGCUCGGCUCACCCAAGGAUAUGAAGCCUCUCGCUCUGACGUCAGUGUUCAUAGUGACCACCGUGGCGGUAUCCACUUGGACGUGCAUCAUCCAGGACGACGUUAGCCCUGUGAGCACAGGCACCAUACUGGAGUAUCAGCCGCAUGCUCCUGACUUCCUUAUCGCUUAUGGCAUCUUGGCUUUUCAGUUCGAUAUCCAUCCAAUGCUGUUGACCAUCCAAGUGGACAUGCGCGACAGUAAGAAGGUGAACAAAGCCGUGCUCGGUGGCUUCGCCAUCACCGGUUUCAUGUUUACCACCACCGCUUUCCUUGUGGCCACUAGAUAUGGCCAAGACGUCACCAAUAACAUACUACAGACCAUCCCGCCCUCAAUACCGCUGUACCUGGUAGCGUUGUUAGUGACCCUACAGCUCUGCCUCUCCAGCGCGGUCAGCAACUCCGCACUGUUCCAGCACAUCGAAGACCUGUUGCAGAUCCCGAGAAAUUUCUGCAUACAACGCUGCUUAAUCCGAUCAAGCGUAGUGGCUGUCGCAGUGUUCCUAGCUGAAACAGUGCCGAGGUUCGAUUUAGUGAUGGGCCUCGUCGGGUCCACGCUCACGGGACCACUCAUGUUCAUAUUCCCGCCGCUAUUCUUCCUAAAACUUUGUUAUUUAAAAUCAAAGAAGGACAUAACAGAGAGCCAAAACGCUUAUUCAAAUAAUGCGACUAACGGUUCUUUGGACAGCCAAAAAAGCAAAUUAAACAAAAUCGAAACAAGCGGGUCGAGUCAACAAAAUGGCGUCGUGACAGUCAUCCAAAAUGGCGAAAAUGUCAACCCAUCGUUGUACACGAAAUACAAGACUUUUUCGCGCGAUUACGCUGAAAUGGGCAAAGAAGAUGAAUAUACGAUAAAGUGGUACGACAUCGUACUGGCUCUAGUGGUGAUGACCCUGGGCAUCGCGGCAACAGUUAUAGCAACGUAUUGUAGUUGGGCACAUUCGAUAGAGUACGCGGAGUUCUCGCCGCCAUGUCUCUUAAACGCUACCAUAGCGGCUAGAAGUUUCCUGGAGAGUCAAAUGGCUCUAUGAAAGUACUCAUCGACAAUUCUAAAUAUUGGCGAUGUAUGAAAACAAAAUGGGACUCUACUACUGGACUACUACAAUUGUUUUUGCAGUAAAAUUUUAAAUUUUAAAACCAUAGACAACUUCAAGUGAUUGGGAUCCCCAAUCGUGAUCCCCAGCGUGUUCGUUUGAAGAUCUUGAUAGUUUAAAUUUUGUUUAUGAAUCAUUUCAUUGUUACGAUUGCUGUCUGAAAAUAUUGGUUACCGAAUAUGUAUUAUGUCUGAUAUGCAUUCAUAAUUUUUUUCUAGAAUAGAUUAAAUAUGAGUAUUACACA